AUGGAACUUAUUAGCAGUGGUGAAAACAAAAGCGGCGUUGGUUCUGCUAUUCCGGUCAGCGUUGAAAGACAGGCAGAGUGUCAAGACCUCGGCAUGCCGCCGAGUCGCACCACAGAGAAGACAUCCAGCUUUGAAAAUGGCCCAGCACGGGUGCAUGAUCUCGAACAGCGGGGGAUGGGCAAGGUUGCGAUCAUCAUGGGCGCCCUGUGUCUGUGUGUCUUCCUCGCUGCACUCGACCAAACCAUCAUUGCCACAGCGCUUCCCGUCAUUGCCGGACAUUUCCGCUCACCGACGACGUACACUUGGAUCGGUAGCGUUUAUCUACUUGCCACCUCAGCGUCCGCCACAACGUGGGGAAAGCUUAGAAAAUCCAUCCUUCUGGCAGCCGUCGCUGUUUUCUUCGCCGGCAGCCUGAUAUGUGGGGCGGCGGUCUCUUCCAGGAUGAUUAUUGUUGGAAGAGCGGUCCAAGGUAUUGGGGGAGGAGGCCUGAUCACACUCGUGAACCUUUGCGUGUCAGAUCUCUUUUCUAUGAGAGAUCGUCCCAAGUACCUUGGAUUCGUGGGAAUGGUAUGGGCCCUUGCCAGCUCGGUUGGACCAGUGCUUGGAGGCGUCUUCACCCAGAGAGUUUCGUGGCGAUGGUGUUUCUACAUCAAUCUGCCCAUCACCGGAAUUUGUUUUAUUGUUCUUCUACUCUACUUGGAGAUCCACAACCCACAAACUCCCCUCCUCCAAGGUCUCUUGGCCAUCGACUGGAUGGGUUGUACGACAAGUAUCGGUGGCACAGUCAUGUUUCUACUCGGCCUGGAAAUCGGUGGCAUCACAUUUCCCUGGUCGUCACCCACCGUGAUAUGCCUUCUCGUCUUUGGCUUGGUGACAACUGGAAUCUUUAUCUUGAUCGAGUGGCACAUCGCAAAAUACCCGAUCAUACCUCUUCGAAUAUUCAAACACCGCUCCAACAUUGCCGCACUUGGACUGUGCUAUAUCCACGGAUUUGUCUUCAUAUCAGCCGCGUAUUUCCUACCACUCUAUUUUCAGGCUACGUUAGGGGUCACACCGGUCCUGUCGGGCGUCUACCUCCUUUUGUUCUCGGUACCUUUAUCGAUAGACUCUAUUGCGACCGGCGCUUGGAUCAGUGGCACUGGCAGGUACCUCGAGCCCCUUCGACUCGGAAUGAUGCUGCUGACAACGGGCAUUGGGCUGCUGUACGACCUCCCAGAUCACACCUCUUGGCCUAAAAUCAUCUUCUAUGAGUUCAUUACCGGCGUCGGGUCUGGUCCAAACUUCCAGGCACCUCUGAUCGCUCUUCAGGCUUCAGUGGAUCCACAAGAUAUCUCCAUGGCGACCUCGACAUUUGUCUUCGUUCGAACACUCGCUGCCUCCAUGUCGAUCGUGGUGGGGGGCGUCGUCUUUCAAAAUACGAUGCAGUCACACCUGUCAAGGAUCGCGCAACCCAAUACCAACAUCACAUCAAUCUUUUCUGGCGCUUCAGCGUUCUCCAACGCCGAAGGUAUCAACUCUCUGCCUGAUCGCGCGAAGGUAAGCGUUCGGUAUGCAUAUUGGGCUAGUAUACGCACCAUGUGGGUGUUAUUUGUAUCAGUCGGUGCUUUUGGCAUUUUUGUUAGCAUAUGGAUUUCCUGGAAGCCGCUGAAAAAGCAGCAUGAGAUGAUGAAGACGGGGCUGCAGAGCCUUCAGAAACCGAAGCGUAAGCAAGAGCAUGUCACAGAGUCACCUACCUCGGUGGCUGUUAACAGAGAGUACAUGUGUACGCAAAACCCUGACUGUUGA